AUGAGCUCAACGCGUUCUAAAAGCUUUGGUUUACACUCUGGUGAUGAGGGUGGGACAGUGGUCUCCAGUCUGAAUAGUGACCUCAAAGCAAGUCCUUCUUCAAGCAAGACAGCAUCUCCAUCGUCAACCAGUUCUCCACCUCCGCCACUACAAUUCAUCACUCUCACAGAACGACCAGCAUCACAAAAGAAUGACUACUCCCACACAGUCCGUUCCCAUGCUAUGCAAGCAUUCUUACGAGAGAAGAAGAAUGCAAAUGGAGAUAAAGCAAAACAAAGACUCGGACCAGCAAAGGAGCAUGACCCCCAAACACCAAAAGAGCUCUCUGGAAAGUUCAAGCUAGCCUCCUGGUCGCGAAAACCAAGGAGUAAGAAGGUCAAGACUCGAUGGACCAGAGAAGAAACUGCCGAACCUGCUGCAGUGAAAGAAGAGGACGUCCAAAUUGAGAGCCAGCCUUCCACACCAGUUGAUACAUACGGAAACGAACUCCUGAUCUCACUCACCAAUGCACGCACUCGGGAGCUCCUUUAUCAUUGUAUCCUCCCUCCCUCACUCUGCCCGCUAUGUCUGGCACCUUGCACGGACAACACGGCCUUCAUCUCAAACACUUUCGCCAUCAACCACGACAAUGCAUGGAAGCCAUACAGUAUCACAGAUUCGGCCCUCUUCCAUGCAACACUGUGUCUUGUGGCUCAGCAUGAGGACUUACUCCGGGGGACGGAUGAAUCGUCGGAAAAUCUGUUUCACAAGGGGGAGGCAAUGAGAUUAAUGAAUAGGAGAUUGUUGGACAACUGGCACAGCCUUAGUGAUGCGGAUAUCACAGCUGUUGCGAUUUUUGUGAUACUAGAGAGCAUAAACGGAACAUUCGAAGCAGCAAGCGCGCACCAGGUCGGACUAUUGAAGAUGACGAAGCUUCGAGGAGGGAUCGGCAACUUUGAACUACAUAGAGUUGUGCUGCGAGUUCUUGCUUGGUCCGACAUCGUAUUCUCAACUCGUUUUGGAUUUGCCCCCAGAUUCUCCUCCAUCUCCGAAGACUUCGCAUCUUCUUUCCACCCACCGUCCCCGACCAAUAAUCGCUACUCGACCGUCUUUAACGAUCCUACCACAACCUCAAUCUUCCAAACACUCCGCUACAUCUCCUCCACAAUCGACGUCCCCAACCUCUCGUCCCAAGACAAGAAAAGCAUAAGCGACGCACUCUACCACACCGAAUACAAAAUCCUCACCUCGCCACAACUCUCGCACUUCCAAGACUUUGACUCUCCAGCACCCACAGAAAUAAAAACAACACCCCAAAAACUCACAGCAGCCUUCCACAUCGCCUCACACCUCUAUCUGCACCUCAUGAUGCGCGAACUUCCUAAUCCUGCGCUCUUACAUCGCCGGUUUCUUUCUCAGCUCUCUAGACUUGUGAAUGAUAUCUCAACCCAAAUCUCGGUCUCAUCGCCAAUUUCACUGUCUAAUCUCGAUCCAGCUCUUCAUCCGGAGACUCCUAGCUUCAGUAAAGAAGAGCUAGAUGUCAUGCUUUGGGUGGUGUUCGUGGGCGUGGCAGCCAGUAGUGAUAGAGAGAGUAAGAUCACGUUCUUAGCGUUGAUGCCUAGUAUGUUUUGGAGCGAGAGGGAGGAUGUGGGGCAAAGGUUGAGG